GGGGGGACCUUAUUAAUGUCUAUAAGUAUAUAAAAGGUGAGUGCCAUGAGGAUGAAGCCAGGCUCUUCUCGGUAGCAAACAAUGAUAGGACAAGGGGUAAUGGGAUCAAGCUGGAACACAAGAGGUUCCACUUAAAUUUGAGAAGAAACUUCUCAGUGAGGGUGACAGACACUGGAACAGGCUGCCCAGGUGGAUUGUGGAGUCUCCUUCUCUGGAGACAUUCAAACCUGCCUGGACACCUUCCUGUGUAACCUCAUCUGGGUGUUCCUGCUCUGACAGGGGGAUUAGACUGGAUGAUCUUCUGAGGUCCCUUCCAAUCCCAAACGUACUGUGAUACUGUCUGAUAUUUUACCUCAUGUGAUUUGGCAAGCACAAGCACCUGGUGACAGCUGAAAUAAGAAGCCCAUAGGCUAGCAGCAGGAACCUAAGUAACAGAGAGCAUCACAGUGAUGGUUAAACUGAGAUUUCUGUCAUCGAUGCUCCUGGACAUCUGUCUAGGAACAUAUAUUCAGAUUUAUGUCAUACUCCACCAGCCUGGAGAAGUCCUGAGGGGUUACUCAGAUGAGUUGGUGUGUUUUUUAUGGACCAGUGCUGUUUGGAAAAGGCUGGAGGGUAAAAGUCUAUUUGCAUUUUUGGUUCUUGACUGACACAUUUAACCUAAUGCAGGAAACAGAAUUAAAACUGUAGCUGUCACUGUCUCAUCCCAACGUAAUGACCAAAUGUAGCGGACUGGUUAUAACAAACUGGUUUCCUUUUUAAAGGUAUAAGUUACAGUGUUAUCUUUUAGAAGGGGGUGAGAGACUGGUGUAUUCGGCUGGAUGGCAAUGUCAGUAUGUUCAUCUACUAUGGGUAGAGGCGAUAUUUCUAAUCAAGCUGGGGCUGAAUGGACUUGCCAAGAGGAGCGAGGUGAGAUUUGUAAACAACUUAAACGAUUUGGUUGAGAACAGUCAUUAAUCAGUCAUUAAAAAGCGGUUGCAAAUGCCAUUACUUCUGUCCAUCUCUAGCGUUUCUCAAGCAUGCCCCCAAAAGCUCGACAGCAGUCUGCAGGUUUAGCAGUAAUUUCAAUGCAACAAAUUGUACCUGCAAAGCACAGAUGUUGAAAGCUGAAAAAUCUGAAGGUGCCGUAUGUUUCCUGUAAUUGAAAGCAGGUGCCCUGAAGGAAGCAGAGAUUCUGUUUCACUUUACGAAGUAUCUAGUUGGCAGAGCAGGCAAAAAAACACCCUCCAAAGCUUCACUCACUAGGACUGGAUAAAACAGAUUAAAGCUGUUGUUUUAUGAUAGCUCUAAGGGGCUCCAGCAAGGGGUUGAGGUCCUGUUCUGUUGGGCACCAUAGACAAAAGGAAUUAAGUCACAGAGUUCAGAGUAUUGAGUGAAUUAACUGUAUGUAUUUAAAGAAUGUAAUGAGGAGAAAGACCAUAGUAAUCCUGCUUUGUGGAGCACUGAAAACCAAGCCAAACAUCUCCAGCACUUUGGUUUUAUUCUACUCUGCCCUGGGAUGGAUGUGGCAUCUCAGGUCCACAUCUCCCAGUUGUCCCACUUCUAAACACUUCUGUUGUUGCUCCAGUGAGUGCUCGGUUUGAUAGGCUACCAAGACUCUUUUGCCUUGGUCAUUGUAUACAAAGAAUCCAGGCCUAAAAAUGAAUAAAAGCUAUGAAAAUUCAAGUUUUUAAAGAUGACUUUUUGGAAACCAGUCUGUAAUGUGAAGCCUUCAGCAUAAUGAACAGGAGAGAAGUGCCUGGUGUGUCCUACCUGCAGCUCCACCUGCAGAUUUCACAAGGCUUUCGGGAGGGCAUUUUCGUGUGUUUGUGCCUCAGUUUACUUACAGACAGUGGUAAAAGCCCCACAGGUUCUCUGAGAAUUAUUCAAUUUAUGUUUAUGGGGGAGGUCGUGUGCUUUGUGGUACUUUUAAGAUAUAUAAGAGCCAAAUGUUAUUACCCCAUGGAGUUUAGCUGAAUUGCAUUCAAGCUGAGCAUAGUCUGUGGGUGAAGGUGGUGUUUUAUACUUAUAGACAGAAAAACAAAUAACAGAAAAGUGCCUCCAAACAUCAAAAGUUAUUAAUGCUUCCAGCCGGCUUUGUAGUGCUACAGGUUUGAGCAAGCCAGGACUAUUUCCCUUUCUGUUCUGCGUUUUGGUAGCUAAAGCAAGUGUAGAAAGAGGAAACAACUUGGAUCAAAACAUUUUUCAGCUCUUUCUCUAAUGAAACAGAUAGUGUCUGGCACAGUAUCGUCAGACGGUUGUUUCAUCUUCCCCCAAAAUACUUCUGUCAAGUUCUGAUAGUACUGACUGACCUGUGUGUACCAGACUCAAAGAUCUUGCUCUGAGUCUUCUAUUGCCCUUUAAAGACUGGGCAGCAAUUUGAUGGUUCUCUCUUUCUCUUUGGAUUGCCCACAACUCUGUUUUAUUUCCUCCUUCGGUAGCAGGCAGACAUUUUCUAGGAAUUUUUCUUCUUUAGCCUAUUGAACCACCCAAAAGAAAGAAAGAAGAAAUGCCUUUUGUCCACAUUGUGAAAGAGAUCAUAAAUUUUGUUGAGCAAAUUGAGAAUUAUGUUUACUGCCUUUAACUAACAGCCAAGAAUAGAUAGGAAAAUGUGUGCUCCCAACAAGUAGAAGAAAAGGCCUGAUUUUUCAAUAAAUAUUGCUCAGGUUUUCAUCCUUUUUGAGAAUCCCAUUUAACUGACUUAAUACUGAAUCUCAAUUCUAGCCAAAACUUUUAAAAGUAGGGAUUUAAUUACUGUUCCCAUCAUUUCUCUCCUUAUAGCUUCCUAUACAUGAAAGGUCAAAAAUGUCAGUCAGACCGCACCAUUUGGCAUGAAGAUGAAUAGAGAAGCUAAAGAGGAUUUUAAAAAUACAUGAUCUAGCAUUUGAGACUGAAGGUUGGGAGUUGAGUCCUGCUUUUAUUCCUGUGUCUGCUAAUGACCUAGAACUUUGUCUCUUAUGGGUUGUGUUUACAGAUUCAAUAGUCUUUUUUUUCUAGUAUAUACCAGUGGAGAAAGUCCUGCAGGGCCUGAGUCAGAUUUUAGGUAGGUGGAAGUGUCUGGGUGAUGCUGUCACUUUCCCUAGAGACAUCCAUAUGUAGCAAGGGCAUAAAACAGGCUUAAUGCUCUCCUCUCCUCACAGAACCUGAAAGAAGCCUGUUUACCCUAAAAUUCCUGCUUAUACCAAGGGAGAAGUAGGCAUCCUUGGCAGAGCGGUCUGGUCCGCUUGUUUCUCAUUAUUGACUGUAGAUGUCUGGGUUACUAAUGUAGUACUUACUGAGGCUUCUGUAGCUCAGUGAAAUCACGUUAGUGCCUUAAUUUUCCCAUCUGUGAAAUGUAGGUUGUGUCCCAGAGCGGAGUUAUGAUCCUUACGACUUCUGUGUUCAAAAUGCCUGGAGAAAGAAGGCAAAGUUAAAAGACAAGGUGUUAUUCUGGUCAGUGUGGUGUUUACUCUAAAAACUGUGAAUCUACAGCAUGGAAGUGUAGCACAGAAAAAUAAAUUAGCACUAGAAGUCUCAUAGCCAUAUUUCUUUGCGCACGUUUUUAGGUGUUAUUCUUAGGCAUCUCCAGAAAGCAGUUAAACAUUUGCAGUCAGUCUUGGAAAUAUCCAUUUUAAAGUACACAGCAGAGGUGAGGGACCUUUAUUUAUGAUUUGGAUAUCUGCAAACAUUUAGGUCUCUGUGCAUGGUCACUAUUCUCUAUUGUUAGCUGCUGACUUUUGUUAAUUGCAUUACUGUUAAAAAUAAAACAUAUGUGUGUAUAUAUAUAUAUAUAUAUAUAUAUAUGUGACUUUAUUUAGCAUCAUUAAAGUCAGCAGUUAGCCAACCUGCUGAAUUGACCACUAGUUAUUCUUAUAAAAGACUGGAACAAACCAUACAUUUCUGAACUUCAGAGCUUUGUAUGACAGGAAACCUGUCUGAAUAAGCCACAUCUUUGUGUUAUCCAUUUGUCUUUUUCUGCAAGGACACAAAGUUCCCUUCUGACAUGUAAGGGUCCUCUGUACUUCCAGUGCCACAUGCUUCACAUUUUCCUUUGUCCAUCCUGGCAGCUAUGUGGCCCAGUAAUAGGGUUUGAAUUGUAGUGAAAAAUAUUAAGAUCAUCAAAAAGAGAGCAUCAUGGUGAUUAGAUUUUAUAUAUCCUCAUUGAGGAUAUAUAAAAAAAAAAUAAAUUCCUUUUUACUCUCUUGACUCAUGUAGCUUGGAGAUGAUUUGUAAAUUUGAGCUAAUGUAAGUUCACUGAUGUUUUUUGGACUUUGAAGCACAUCAUUGUACAGAUAGUCUGGUGGUGCUUGACCAUCUUAUCUGGCUUUUAAGAUGCUUAAAAUGUGGAGUUAAACCUUUGGAUUCAAACUGUCCAACAGAUACAAGUUAGUAGCUUAUGUCUCAGGUUGUCUGUAAUUUAACUUCUGUCUUUCAAGUUGUUUGGGCAGGAACAAACUACACAUUUAGCAUUCACUCAUGGGGUUUUUCUUUGCUUGUCUGCCAUAACUUCUCCUAUGGAAGCAGAAUUAAAGGGUCUGUGAAAGAUUGACCUCAUUGGUGCUCACAGAUCCCACGCUGAAUACCGAAUUACUCUACCAGCACUUCCUUAGUGGCUGCUAAAAGCUUUCUGUAACUUCAAGCACUGUGUUGUGAUGUUCUGGAUGACUUCCACUUUUAUACUUGCGUAUUUAAUUACAUAUGUUAGAGAGUAGAAGGUGCUACGGUGUAGGAGCUUUUCUCUUCAAAUGCAUGUCACCUUGUUUUAGUUUUCUCUUUUAUUGUUUUGUCAUGUAAAUAUAAUAUCAACUGUUCCAGAAAACACAAGAGUAACUUUCCUGUGUUAAAGUACAAGCUGAGGUUGCAAUAUGAUAUAUAACCUACAUAGACCUUUCUUUUUCUCUUUUCACACACAGAGAAAUCAAGUAUCUAUUUUCUUAGGAUGCCUAGGUUAUCAGGCAUUAUAAAAUAUCCAUCACUCAUUCCUACGUCCAGUAUGUUGCCAUAUGCAGAGAGCAAAAAACUCAAUCCCCAAGUGCUACAAAUCACCAUUUGUAGCAAAGUGGGACAGGUUUUCUGAGUGAAAUCUCAGAUGAUCUGGUGAUGUUUGGCCUCUGCAAGAAAGCUGCUCUCUGUGAGUAGGUGGUUUAUAAUUUAUCAAAACCAGAAGACUUUGACACACAAUCCUGUCACUUAAGACUGAGCUGCUGCUGUGGUGCAUGAGAUAAGGUUAUGCUGCCCCUGGAAAAAAAGAAUUCACUUUUUUCAUACUCUGAUAUUUCAGUUUCAUCUUUUCAUGAUGUGAUGCCUUUCCAUUGUCACUUCUCAUUUUUGUAAAGUAUUACUAUGUGCUCCUGCUGCUAGUAGGAACAGGAUCAGGUGCUGACUGAGGUUGGAGGGUUCCUCAGGAGGUCGCUAGUCCAACCUCUUGCUCAAAGUUGGAUCAGCUGUGAGGUCAGACCAGGUUGCUCAGGGUUUGAUACCAUUGGGUCUUAAAAAACCUCUCAAUAUGGGGAUCGCAGAGGGUUUCUGGGCAACCUGUGGGCAAUCGUUGACUGUCCUCAUGGGGAAAAUAUUUUUCCUUCUAUCCAGUGAGAUACUAUUCUUUUAACUUAUAUAUGUUGCUUGUUGUCUUCCCACUAUUGUGCCAUGCAAAGGACCUGGUCUCAUUCAAUCUGGAUAGGAGAAGGCUUCAGAGGAACAUUCACGUACUUCUGAGAAGCUAUUGAGAGACAGGGCCAAGCUCUUAAACUGAUAAAGACUCCCAUACCACUUUAUCAAUGAAGUCUGGUCUGGAGUUGUUCACUGUUUGAAAAGUCUUUGGAAGAAGAUGUUUUUUAAAACCAUGAUAUUGUUUUUGCCUAUUGUGUGAAUUUACGGGAUUCUGACUCUCCUUCUAGUCUUUCACUUAGGGAAUCCAUUCUUCAUUGCGUGACAUCUUGCCUGUCUCAUAACUGAAGUUUUGUGCAUUGCCUUAGUCUUUUGAACAUCCAUAAUCCACUGGCAGUGUGAAGUGAGACUUGUUCUGCUCCAGGUUUUCUAAGCAGAUAUAACAGGUUUUCCCCUUCAAUUGCUAACACUCACAUAUGCAAAACCAAGAAUGAUUGUCUCAAUUUUUGCAUACGUCUGAGUUUUCUCUCCAGUAACUGUCUCAUGUUAACUUACUGCCUGAAGUUAUACAAAUUACUGCUACGAAUGGUUAACACUUAAGGAAAUGGGGAAAUUGUUUGUCGUUCAGACAGUACCUAUCAGUCUGGGCAGCAAGUAUACAAAGACUUGUUUCAUUUUAAGGAAGAGUAGCAGCCAAAGGCAAAGAAUUGCAUCAGUGUUUUCUAACUACUCAAUAACACUUUGCUUUUAUUUUUUUUUUUAUCUGCCAAUAAACACACAUCUAUUUGAGUUGAUUUUUUAAAAAAUCAUUUGGGUCUAUGUUAUUAUUUCCCUACUACUAGUCAGGGGUGACUCUCUAAUUUGUAUUUCUAAAUCCUACAUGAUCCUGUUCCACCAGCAUGGCAAAUUGCUUAGGUGCUAUCUGCAGACCUAAAUGAAACAAACUUCUGCUGUAUAAAUGGUUGCAUGUCAUUACUUAAUGAAAAUAGUAUCUUUUUAAGUCCUUUGGAAAGACUUGCUACACUUUUCAUUUUUGGGUGUUACUAUUGCUAAUACUGCAUUGCUUCCCAAGCACGUACCUGCAGGUUUCACGAAAACAGAACAACCUGUUAUCAAAAAAAACUUUUAUCUUCUGAACGGGGAGAGUUAUGCAAGUACAUUGGAGUACAGAAAAGUACAGUUGGGAGUACAGAAAAGGGAGGUUUGAGGUUUUGCAGAAACUUGUUUUCCAGAUGAUAGAUGGGGGACUUCUGUUCCUGGAGCAAUGUGCAGUAGCUAGACUAUGGUCCUUUUUAACUUAAGAUAUGACUAAAAAUAAGAGAAGAAAAUCUUUUUGAAAUCUAUUUAAAUUUCGACGCUAGCUGUGUAAAAGCAUAUGAAAAGCUUUAAAGGAUCAAGGUAAAUGUCCACCUAACCUAGUAACCUGCCUUCCACAGAAACUCAUAGAAAAUGUGUAAGUAAAAAUAAACAAAAUAAUGGUGAGAGUGCUCAGGGAUUACUUUUUUUCCUCUAAGCUCUCCCAGAUAUUUUCAAACGGUAACAUGGUGACUUCCAAACCUGAAGUUGCACCUGCAAAUUGCACCUCACGUAGCUUUUGUUGGAUUUCUUUUCCACCAGGGAAGAAUUCAGUGGGUUCUUGCAGGUCCUCAUAUUCUGUGCUAUUUUGAGAGCGAAGACAUAUAUAUUUUUUUCCAUUAUAUCACUGUUUGCUGCUACAUUUUAUUAUACUCUCCUGUAUAUUAAUAGUGCUGAGCUAUUAGCAUCAUCCCACACAUUCUGUGUUUAUGCCAGCAUGGUGAAUCAGAAAAAAACAUCUGCCUGGGAGGUAGAAAUGUGUUUUUAUGUAUGAAUGCAUAAACAUGAAAACUCUACACUUUCUAAUUUGAACUCACACCAGAGAGCAGCGGAGAGACCUGUGAAUGUCUGCAGUCGGGAACUGGCCCUUGUGCAAAUCCCGUGAGCGACGGUCGGAAGGGAUGAGGUGUCUGUCCACAUCAGUGUUAACAAAGGACAAAAAUGGCAGAGUGACUGCUCCAUCCGAGAGUAAAGCCACAGACGCUGUGACACUGAGAUACACAAGCUGUGUAUUUUAUUAGUAUCCAUGAGCUACUUGUCAUUAAUUAAGGUCAGUGUUGCAUUGCUCAGACAUAAGAUUCAGCGCAGGGAAUAUUUAAGGUAACAUUGAUCCUUCCCUUUUUAUUUUUUAAUUUUCCAACAACUUUUUUAUUUUUUAAAUAUUCUAAUUUUGUCCAUUCAGGAUGAAUAGUGUAUGUUUAGCAUGGUGACUUCUGAACUGUACUCAGCUCAGCAGCAUUGAUGAGGAGAUAAAAUUGCUUAAAAUAAGCAAGGAUCUCUUCUUGAACAUUUUUACAUUUAGAAAAGUACAGCUACCUAAACUUCCCAGAACACACUUAGCUUUUAGUAAAUAACUUAAUAGGCUCAGGGUCACAGUGAUCCUCCUGUUGAUACUGUGGAGUUUGCUGGCAGCUGACACCUCUGCGGAAAAGCAGAAAUGUCAGCCGAUGAAAGCAGCAUUAGCAUCUUGACAGAUUCGUGUUGUAAUAGCAUCUUUAGACAGCUUUGAAAGCAAAACAGAGCUCAUGUGUUUCUUAAAAAACUUACUUUAUGCCACAAUUACUGGAGUUUUUAAAGUCUUGUUUUGAAAGUUGCCUAUGAUAAAAUCAGGUCUUCAAGAGUCAGGUGCACAGACUUUCUGGAAAAGCCCAAGGCUCUGUCCCUUGGUUCUGCGUUAUUAAGAGUAAGAUGGACACAAAAUUCCCUUUCCUCUUCAGUCCCUGCCCUCUCAUCUUUUCAGGCAUUUUUUUAAAAACACAUUUUAUACCAAAACACCAUCAGCAACCUGGCAGAUAAGAAAUCUAACAGCCAGCAAAGAUGCUGUACAAACAGCAGAGCUCUAAGUAUUUAGCAACAUCACCGUAGCCUUGUUCCGCAUUUGCAAUUAAUACACGUCUGUGUUUGCAUUUGUUAUAGGACUCUUGACAGCACCAACAUAACAAGAAAAACGAACAACCUGAGUAAUAAAUCUCUGGAGGCAUUCAGCAAGUGCCAUAGGGCUCAUUAAUCUUGAUUAUUCCCCAUAAUAGAUAACUUCACAAAUCAUCUAUUCUCCCCAAUCAUGCACAUAAGGAUAAUGUAUAUAUAAUAGCCUCCCGUACUGUAUAACCCCAAAUAGAAUUUCAUUUUUUAAAUAUAAGUCUUGACAAAUGUAAGACAAAUAUUUAUAGAAAAGGAAUGGGUAUGAAUAACAAUGAACUGGACUGAAACAAGUGGGGCAGAUACUAUUGUGAAAAGAAGGUGACAUCUUUUCUGGGUUUUGGGUUUGUUUCCCCACCCCCCUGCCUCCACACACACACUCUAUGAUGUCUCUAUUUGAAUCAAGGAAUUCAUUUAUUUAUAGCCUGAAGUAGAUGGGAUUUUCUUCCUGAGAGUUUUGGCCAGGGAGAUAAAGGAGUCUGCAGCUGCAGCCUUCAUGCACGCUCUUCAACAGGGGAAAAUAGGAACCGCUGAGAAAUAUCCUGGAUUUCAAACGAUUUAGUAUUUAUAAUUUAUGCCACUGAUUCCUUCUUUUUCUUGUAGUCUUCCUAAAGCCUUUCUUUGAAAAGCACCCGAGUUAUCAGAGGAAACCACGAUGCCGAUUUGAUUUGGUCUUCACCUGUUUAUCAGGUUUCCUUGACUGCAACUUAAAUAACAUAAGAGAUCUGCAAAAGACAUAAUAUUUAGAGAAAGGGUGUAUAUGAUCCUUUCGGUUAGAAUAAGAGGUGCUUUAAUACCCAUAGUUGACAAUGAACUGCAGGCUGUGCUUGAGCUCAGAAAUACCAUGGUUAUCUAAAAGAUAAUUGUACAAAGAAAAUAAAAUAUAGGAGACAAUAACUUUAAAAAUAUGCAAAAUACCCUGGUUUUAAUACAAUUGGUAUUAAAAAAGGAUAAGCAAAUUGAAUGAGGAGGAAAACAGAACAACUCUUUUUUUAUAUAGAAGUGGACCAGUACCUUUUAUAUCUUCAUAACUCUUGUGACCUUAACCUGAUGCUUAAGUUCUGCUGAUUGAAGUUGCAGAAGCAUAAAGCUGUAUUCACAGCUAUCCUUCCUCUUAUACAGUAUAAAGCAUGAGAUUUGAUUGCCCUCAUCUUUGCCAUUUUUCCACUUUUCUUCUCCCUCCAUGUGUCCAAAUGCUCUCAAAACCCCAGGAUUUUGCUCCGUGACCUGGGACUCCAAAAUAGCAGUUUUGUAUGAGUGGAAAGGAUUUAAAAAGAGUAACAACUGAACUAAUAUAAGAGAAGGUUUCCUCUUCUUUUUCACUGUCCCUCCUCCACCCUCUAUAACAAGUAUUCAAGAUUAAUUUUCUGUAAAAUUUAAUAGAAAAUAGAAUAUAUGUAUCAUCUCUCAGAGCUUAACCAAGAACACCCUGAGAUUUGGAUCCAUUUCGUUCUCCAACAUCUGCUGUGCACAUCACUUGAGCGAUUCUCCUUCUUUAAUUCUUUUGUAUGUGAAUGAAGUAAACAUCCAUAAAGCAACAUAGUCCUUUAAUAAACUACAUUAGUAUGUCUCUGCUCCUAAAUAUAUACACAUUAAUCAUAUCCAUGGGCACAGAGGUAAAGAAUGGAUCUUGCCUCUAAGAAGUUUUAAAAAAGGGAGAAAAAAAUUGAAAAUCUUCACCAUCUUACAAGUUUGAUUAGAUGGGUUCAGGAUCCUGUAGAUUUGGCUUCUGUGUUUAGACUAAUUUUUCCUCAGCCCUCUGCAAAGAAAUUUCUAAGAUUGUGACAAACAGUAGUGCAUUUUGCUUUGAAAUUUUUCUUUGAUAUCAGCACAGUCUGGUAGUUUGAAUCACAGUUUCAGAAUCAGGAUAAAUUAGUUGUAUUCUUAGUUGUCUGAGAAAAAUCCAAGUAACUCCCUUAAUCUCUCUUGGUCUCUGUUUGUCCCUGUAUAAAACUAUAUUAAUAAUACCUCACCAUCUUUGUAAAAUGAUCCACAGUCUUCUGAUGAAAGGAAUUAUUUUAAGUUCAAAGCGUUACUCUUAAUGAAAGAAUGAACUUGCUUAUUCUUUAAGAAAUACAUUAUAUAAACAUCAAAGACCUGUUUGUACCAAGUGUUAGCCUGCUAUAAGGUGCUCCUGUGUCUCAGCAGUAUUUUCUCUUUCACUUCUCUGUGAAAAAGAAUGUAUUUGGUGAUCUGGAUGCCAUGUGAUACAAUUCCAUCAAUGUCAAUGUGUGCAGUAGAACUAAGUACAGUGAUUGGCAUCAGCCAUAAUUUCCUAUUCUGUCAAAAAAUUAGCAUGCCAAUGGAUGCAAAGUGAUGUGCAGUCACUUGUAAUCAUUCUCUUUCCGCUGCCCUGUCUGGCUGAUUCCUCCAAAGAGCCAAGAGUUAUUGCUAGAGGGCAGUUUGAGUUUUGAAGUUCAGGUUGUGACCCAAAGGCUUACUUGCUAGUUUUUAUGCUUGGACUCAACUUUAGAUAAUGCACCUUGCAAUCACCUCCAAAAAUGGGAGUAUUCUCAUCUUUUGUUAUAAAACUGUAGGGAUUGUUUCUUUAGAAGUUAAUGCAAAAAGCCAGGUAAUGAUUGACACUAGUUGACCACCAACAAAAAGGCGUUAAGCAAGUGGAAAACAUAUGUUCUUAGGUGGGUUAACACACGUUUUAACGUUUUCCCUUUUUGUUCAAUUUUUCUACCUCUGGCUAGUCUCAGCUCAGACACAUGAACUUGGUGAAUUCUCUGGCUCUUCUUGCUUUGAUAAAAUGUAGAGUGGUAACAGACUGUCCGCUUUCUGCAUUUACGCAGUGCAGCAAGUAACGAGUUCAUGCCUCUUCUUGGAGAAGUCCUUUUUUAGGAGACAGUGGCAAGAAGAGGAGGCAGAUGGGUAGUGAAGAGCUUCCCUGCAUUUGGAAGCUAUUGUGCAGUUGAUGGAGGUGAGCUUACAAGACCCUAACAACAUGGCUGUAGAUGUCCCCAGGGUUCUGUGAUGGCCUCUGAGUGAGGAGUCUGCUCUGCUGUGAGAGUGGACUGUGCUACUUCCCCUGUAGCAUCAUAGAAUCAUUUAGGUUGGAAAAGACCUUUAAGGUCAUCAAGUCCAACCGUAAACCUAACACUGCCAACUCCACUGCUAAACCAUGUCCCUAAGCACCACAUCUACACAUCAACCACUUCCCUGGGCAGCCUGUUCCAAUGCUUGAUACCCCUUUCAGUGAAGAAAUUUUUUCUAAUAUCUGAUUUAAACUUCUCCUGCUGCAACUUGAGCCCAUUUCCUCUCAAUCUAUCACUUGUCACCUGGGAGAAGAGACCAACCCCCACCUCGCUACAACCUCCUUUCAGGCAGUUGCAGAGAGUGAGAAGGUCUCGCCUCAGCCUCCUUGUCUCCAGGCUGAACCCCCACCAGGUCCCUCAGCAGCUCCCCAUCAGCCCCUUCCCCAGCUCCAUUCCCUUCUCUGAACUCGCUCCAGCACCUCAAUGUCUUUCUUGUAGUGAGGGGCCCAAAACUGAACACAGGAUUCACAGUGCAGCCUCACCAGUGCCCAGUACAUGGGGAUGGUCACUGCUCCGCUCCUGCUGGCCACACUGUUUCUGAUACAAGCCAGGAUGCUCUUGGCCUUCUUGGCCACCUGUGCACACUGCUGACUUGUAUUCAGCCAGCUGUUGACCAACAGCCAUACUCCAAGUAUGGAGCUUCUUCUGGAAGUAUGAAAGAGGACAGCAACAUUCAAGAAGGACAACACAGUACAGUAGAAGGUGGACCUGGUGUAACUUGCUCCUCACCUGGGUUGAAAAAGAAUAAACACUAAGAGGGUUUGUAGUGACACUGAACAACAUAAGUCCUGAAGGACAUUUGUAUUGCUUGAACAGCAACAGGUCUGUCUCUGAUACCUUUUCUUUCUGAUGCCUUUUCUUUCUGCAUAUUGAAAAGGCAUUAGAAAGCCUUUCCUGUUCUUUUUUUGUUAUGCUGAUGUAGCAGUACAAAAGAGGAUAUUGGCCCUUCUGGUUUAAACUGAGAUCACUCAGUCUAAAUGGGCAAAGAAUAAAGUUAAGGAAGGCCAGAACAUGAAUACUGGGACAUCUCUGCGUCUCUUUAACUGAUGAUGGAAAGAGAGAGGACAGCACUCUGUUACGACAUUUGAGUUCAAGUACGUAAAGAGUUACAGGAUAAACUGGUCCCUCUCCAGGCCUUGCUGAGAUGGGACUAUAAAUACAACUAAAUAAGUAGUCAAGGAAGUUGCUGGAGGGAUCAUUCCCAUUUUCCGAUGUAAGAUCUAGUAUUGUGAGGAGGCAGCAUUUGACUCUUCCAAUGGUAUCUCCUUUUAACUAGGAAAACAUCUCCAUAAGAACUUUGCCAAUAGUCUCGUGCUUUCUUUGGUGAGAUCAAGUGACCAAAACACUGUUCCCACUGUAAACAGAAAAAUACAUUAGCUGCCUUAUUUUUAAGUCGUUCAGAAACUUGACAAGUGAAAGUAGCUCUAAAUGACAUCCAGAUUAAAAAGAAAAAAAACAACAUUACUCUGAGUAUCUGAAAUAGAAGUUCUAGUUGUGACAGACUCUUAGUGCUCACAUCUCCACAGCUUAAAAGAUGAGAAACACGUGUUGAAACUCAGAUGCCCAAUUUAGAAAUAAAUUCAUACAGGCUCUAAAUCUCUAGACUAGGACCUGUGUUAUGGAAAAAUAAGUUUAUGUAAUACUGUUUCCAUUAUAAAUAGAGACUAAUUUUCUCGAAAGGACUCUUAAUACUGAGCAAACAAGUAAGUUUAGUACUAAAAACAUUCUCAGUGCUUCAUUGCCUUGGGUUUACAAUAUCAUUUGCACGUCAAAUUAUGUUUCAUCUUAUGAUUUAGUAAUGCCAGAAGAAUAGAUCUAAUUCUGUGUCUCACGAUACCCUUAAAGAUGGAAGAUUGCUUUCCAUGGAGUGUAAAACUCAAUUUGUAGUCAUGUGUAUAAAACAUGACUUUAUGGCAGAUUAGCUUGCUGUAGAUUUAGUUCUCUCUGACAGUGAACUGAAAAAUAUUAGCAUUUCACUGAACACAGUAUUAAUGGCAAGAAGAAAGUAUUAUUGUAACGUAGAAAGUAGAAUGAGAUUUUUGAAAGUAGAACCAGUAAGCAGAAGAAAAUGUAUUUAGAGAUUUGCAAGGAGUUUAGAUAGAGUCGGUUUAACUCUUUUCUUUUAUCUUUCUGGUUUUUUCCCCUCUCUGUGAGUCAUUUUAAGAAACAAAAGUAUGUUUGCAGUUCUCAGACUGAUCUCCCAGUGAUUUUAAAGAAAACAGCAAUUAUAAUACUGGAAGAGGCCUUUCAACCAUUUAUGUCUCAGGUGACUGUAGUAAAUCUAUUUUUUAUUAUUAUUUUUUAAAAAAUAAUUCCUUUGUUUGAUUUGCAAAAGUCUUGCUUAGUGGACAGAUGUGUUGUUUGCUUUUUCUGGUGCAAGGAGAAGGUAUAAGCAGAAGAUCACAGUGAGUGUUUCUAUGCAGUUUGUUAUUUAUAAUGCUGCAGUGGUGUUGUCAGGUUGCUGAAGCAGGUGAACAUCACCUCCUGGGUGUGACGAGACUGUCUCUUGGCGUGCUGAGUACUCGCAUUAGAAAAUGGGCCCGAGCCAAUUAACGUGCUGCUAAAAUCAUUACAUCCAUGUGUUGCACUGAGGGUUUUAGAAGCGAUGGAAGGAGGAAAGAAAUUGAAAAGAAAACCAAGUAGAUGCUAUAAUUAAAUGGCAUUCAAGAGGAGAAUGUUUUGUGGAGAGUGCUUCAUACUAUUCUGUAUCCUGCACUUUAAUUUUUGCAGAGUAUCUUAUAUGUAUCUGCCAGAGCGAUCCAACAUGUUUGUACAGAGUCUGCUUUUAUAAUGUGACUGAUAAUUAUGCAAUUCUUUAUGCUUAACUCAAAGUUAAUAUAUUCAAGAUACAAAUGAUAUAUGAGGGCAUAGAAAGCACUGCAACAAUUUAGCUGCAGUUGUAGAAAGGUUCCCCAUGCUUCUAUUUUAAGUGGAUACUUUUUGUUUAUUCUGUUCAUUUUAAUUCCAUAGAAAGUCAAAUAAUGAUGUGUGAAAGUGGCAUUAAUUAUGCUUUGGUAUUUCUGCAAAAGUAAUAACUGAAUUUGAUAUGCUUUUAAUCUUUCAAGCUAUUCAUUGUCUCUGUCUCUUAUACCUAUAGAUAUCUUUUUCCUCAUUCAGUUCUCUUUGUUUAACAGACAGUGGGGGUCUACCGGCUUUCUUGGGUCAGGCACAAGCUCCGCAUUCUUUUAAAAUAGCUUUCAACGAUUGGUGUUCCUUUGUUUCUAUUUAGGAAAGCAUUUAAGAUUGCGAAGGAUGUGCUAAAUUGUCCCAUUCUCUACAGAAUAUUUUCCACAUAUUCCAAAGGUUGAAAAUGAUGACAGUAUGCUUGUUCUUAAUUAUGCACGCUCGUAUUAAUUAAUAUUUUCACUAGUUUUCUUUAAUUUUCAGCUACAGCUACUACUGUGUGGGACCCAGUCCUACAAAUAUGCAUGUGAUUAAUUUUUCUCGCCAGAACUGGUUUUCUUACUAUUGCUUUUUGCAGUCUCCAUAGGACCUUCUUUGCAACAUAUACUACAUACAGCAAUGUGUGCACUUGCUGCGGGACACAGCUUGAAUACAGUCAGAAUAAGGCACUAAAGGGUGGAAGGGGCAACUGGUUGCAGCCACAUGACACUGACUGGUUUGUAAUGGGUCAGUUGGGGAAAGCAUGGGGGUACUUAGUGACACAAGGGUGGGCACAGAUGGCAAAGUACUCUCAGGAAGUUGAGAUGCUUCCUUCCUCAUCUGUGAGGAGCUGCUGAGCUCAGUUACCACAACAACAUUGCUCACAGUACCUGAGCCCCCCAGCAGAAACCAGCUGUCAUGAUGGUGGAGCCUCAGAUGAACAAAGUGAGAUGCAGUAAGUCAUAGGGGAAGACAAGGACACACAACUCCUGCUUCCCAAGCUGUCCUGUUGCGAUGCUUAUUUUUACAAGCUAUCGUAAAAGAUAUUUCUAAACUGUGGAAGAUGGAGUGUGGUGUUCUCUAAUCACAUGGGAGUCUUCUUGUCUUUGAUGGUAGCACAGGGGGUUAAGUGGAGUUGUCCAAUCAUAGAGUCAUAGAAUGUCCUGAGUUGGAAGGGACCCACGAGGAUCAUCGAGUCCAACUCCUGUCCCUGCAUAGGACAAACCCAAAAUUCACACCAUAUAUCUGAGGGCAUUGGGGUUUACUCUUGGAGUUACAGUCUAUCCAGACUGAGAAUUCAGGUCUAGAAUUUUGUCUUUAAAAUAUUUGCCUCUUUGCCAAGCAGUAAGAGACUUCUGAUUACCAUUACAAUGAGGCAGAAAUUCAAUGAGAAGACACAGGAACCUGUCUUGUGUGACUUCCUUCCUCUGGUCACAUAUCCCCUACCCCAGACAGAGGUGGGGAGUGCACAUAGCUUUUCCUUUUGAAAACCUCACAAAUACAAUAAACCUAUUGCACACUCGGGCAUGUGAGUUGUGCACAGUUGGGUGAAGGCCCGCCACGACCCAUCGAUCAGGUUUGCGAUGCACAUGUAUGCAUCAUGGGCCUGUGAUCGCUUCCCAGCUACAUGACCCAAACACAGCCAAUAUCUCCAUAACCUUCCAAACCAGCCUGCUUGAUGGCAUGUUUCCCAGCUGGAGUUUGUCACCUCCUUCCUCACGCCCAGCACAGCCUCUCCCCUUGCAUGUCCCAACUAUUUAAGCAGCAGUAAAAACACAUUUCUAGAACGAACAGGGCCAAAAAAGAUGUGGUUGCGACAAAAAGGGUACAGAAGUAGAAACUUAAUGACAUCUUAACCACAGUGGGACCAUUGUGAUGCCAGUUAUUAACCCUCUCAAGCAAAGCAUUUAUUGAAAUGUUGAAAUUUAUUUUAAGUUGAACAUGCCAGAACAAAUACUGAGGGUUGCCCGUGGUUUAUCUGGCUUACUGACGUGCUGAAACUGUAUCAGCCAAGCACACCCUAGGACUGUAAAUAGGUAGGCAGUCUUCAAAAACACAUCUUAUUCCAUUGCGAUAGCAAUGUCUUCAUGCCUCAGCUUUUAGAAAAUCCUUAAUCCAUAGAUAUGCUGCUCUGUGUUGCAUAGUUUACAAACGAUGCCCAGAAAAGAUGUCCUCAGUUUAUGGACUGUGCUCUGUGGUACAGGAAAAGAAUAUCAGAGAUGUUUUGCCUGCCUACUCAGAAACCACCCUUAGCCACGCAGUCCUUUAAAUAACAGCUUGGAUGUUGUUCCCACAUGGUGCAACUUAGAUGUUGUAGCACAACAGAAAUAUUUUCUUUGACAAAAUUGAUCCUUGCAUGCACAUAUAAAUAUUUAGAAAUACGCGCAUGGAUGCAUUUCGAGGGCUCUUUCACACACCUGACACAAGCACCUUUUGUCCUAAUAUUUAAUGAAAAUUUUGCAUUUUUCUUACACACCUACUGAUCCCUUCAGGCUUUAAAGGUUAUUUGUAGGUAUUCCAAAUACUCUAAAAAAAACAGACACAGGCCUUAAAUAGUUAAUGAAUGCACAUAAUUUACCUAAACAGUGUUUUUAUAGAUCUUUGCAAAUAUGACAUUAAUUAAGGAGAGUAACUAAAGCUGAAGUGCCACAGAAUGUUAAUCCUCAGCAUCAGUAAUUAGCUGUGGAUGAGAGUUUUUUUAAAAUGUUUCGGUUUCUAUCAUUUUGUUUUGGAAGAAACACAAGUAUGUGGCUUGAAUUAUUAAGAAAACAAAUGAGCCCUGAAGAGAAUAAAACGAGACUCUUAAAUGCAGAUGGCCAUAUCUGUGCUAUUGCAAUGAGCCUUUGCCAGUCCAUGGCUUUACUGACUCCGUGAUGGAAAAUAAAUCCAAGAUAACCCUGAGACAUCCCCUCACGCACUCUCACCCCCAUGCCCACGCAGGGAGUGUCCUGUGUGUCCUUCACUCCACACUGGGAGAAGAGGAGAUCAAUCAGCCCGGCCUGUUGCAGAAGAUAACGUUGCAUCCUUGUGUUUGCAAAUGGCCAGUGAGACCAAGUAGUGCAGACAGCUACUCGGUCAUUAAUUUGAUUGUGUUUUUAACAAACUAGUAAAGGCAGCUCUUUGAAUCUAUCCCUCCUGCAUGCCCUGAUAAUUGUUUUGUUUAUCUGCACAAUUUUACUCGCCGCAGCGGGCAGUGGAAGGGCUGUCUGCGUUGUUUGUCUUCUUAAAUUGUUAAAUGAAAUGACUCAGAAGAUUCAGGAAAUUAAUUUUUGUAGUCUAGAUACAUGGCGAAAAAAGAAAGCUUUGAAGUGGUGAUGACAGCGUAGCCACUCUGAAAUUCAUGAAUCAGCCUUUGCAAGAUUUUCAGAGGCUUAGAAAGUGAGAAUUUUUUAAAAUAGUGCAUCCUUUUUAGUUCCCUAUUGAUAUCUGAACUUUAACAAUUCAUGUCACUCCGAGCUUUAUUCAAAGGGUGUUUUGUAUGAAAAUGAAAACCAAGAUACUCAUAUAAAUAGGACUUCAAGACACAGAGCUUAACAUUAUUAUUAGACUCAUAUUAAAAUUGUGAUAAUAGUCAAUGUUACCUAUUCUUUUCUCUGUUUUUUCAGGAUGAUUAAUUUAACAGCUAUUAUUGAAAUAGCCAUAAACAAUAUCAUAAACCCAGUAAAACUUCAGAUGCUUCUUUAUUAUGCAUUCAAAUAGGAUUCUUGUCCUCUUGAGUCCCACUAUACACCCUUGAAUGCUGCUAAGUAGUGCCAUUAAUACAGCAAUACUAGGAGACCAUUCUCAUUUAUGGCAAUUGUAAAAUAAGGGCUAGACACUGGUUUGGAUUAAGUUUGAGAGAGAUGUGUUUCCACAAUAAAUGCUAAAAAAAACUAUAGUGUCUCUGGAUACCAAAAGGUUCACUUUCCCUUGUUGACAUGUGUUAAUACUGUCUUUGACUCUCCUGUGUUAAGCUUGAAAGUGUGCUAGCAAAUGGUAAAAAUGGACCUUCCUACCUUGAAAACAGUCAGAAUUGUGGCUAAAGAACAGUUUUGUCUUAAUGAAAUAUCAUUAAUUUUCUAUAGGUUGAUUUCUUUUAAUGUUUAGUGGGUUUCGUUAGUUGAGAAUGUUUAAGGGGAAGAAGUUAAUACAAUAAAAUAUUUUUAUUGCAAGUUUAUGAAGAAAAGCUUAUUUGAAAACAGCUUUUUUGAGGUAUUUGAUAUCUGAAAUUUAGGCCUCAAAGAUGUUCUGUUAGUUGAACCAUAUUAUGCAGGAUCUUAGAUCUUUUGCCCUCAUUUUCCUGAUGCAUAUUUACAGGUAAUAACUCAAGCUACAUGACAGCUAGGUGAAAUGUGAGCCUGUGGUUUUCUCCCUAGAUGGAGAAAGGUGAAGCCAUGAGCCUUUGAUUCCUUGGUUAUUUGAAUACACAGAUAAAGGUAUAUCAUUCAGAGGUACAGUCAAGAGUCAUCUUUGUGGUCAAAGAGAUACACAAGAAUUGCACAGAAAAUGUUCUGUCACCUAAAUUUGUAAGGGUUCUUCUCUGGGGAGUAUGGGCAGACAUCAAUGAUGAAGAGCAAGUGGGCAAUCUAACACACUGCUUCUUCCUCCAAGGAGUCAUCUUGCAAUUCCUUUCUGACACCUAUAGUGUUUCUUUACAUUUUUCAGGGACUUUCUGCUUCAGUGCCACAGCUGGAAAACAGUUUGUAAUCAGUGAGUGCAACAGAACCAUUGCCUUUCUGCUUCUGGAGGAGAAGGUCAGGAGUUGCUGAGUCCUUCAUCCAUUUGGUUGAGAAAGUAGAUUUUCGGGGAAGGCUGCAGAACAGUACUCGUGUCCCUGAUAGACCUUUCCUUUGCGUAUGAAAUUUGUUAUUUUGCACAGUGACAAGCUGAUUAAGAGCAGUUUUCUAGAGAGGAAAUAAAGCUACCUACCUAGGAGCUGGAGAAGAGAAAAAUAUUAGGCUCCUGCGUGAACAUCCUUAUGUCAGUGGUUGUGCUCCGGUAAUUAAAUUCUGACAAACAAAUGAACAAACAAUCUCCAGGGGUAAUGAGGCUCAGUCAAUGAACCACAAGAGUUCACAAGUACUAACAAUAAGAGAAAAUACAAUUGAAACCCUUGCGUAUGUGUUACUCAAAAAGCAAGUUAAGAACUAAUUAAAAGGAUUUCUGUUUUCUUCCUCAUGCUUUGCAUUUAGAAAUAGAUUUACAGAGUAUAUUCUCCACAUUCCAGUAUUCUUAGAUAUAAGCACGAUAAUAGGCUUUAAACACAUUUAUUUAAAAAGAAAAUUUUGUAAGUUCAAUGUCCCCAUUGACAAAAAUUAGCACCAGCACUAUGGGCUUCUUUAAAGCAAUCUUGAAAACCUGUAAUGAGAGACGUCAAAUCCUUCUAACGCAAUGUGCUCACCCUCUGCUUAGGGUGCAUGAAAUGCAGCGUCAUGAAAAUGUGGUCGUAGAAACUGAAUACGGUUCCUUCCAACCUGCUUGGUUAUAGCAUAUUUCAUAGGCUGAAAUUAACGGCACAGCUAACAAGAUGAAUGGAGCUUUGGAUCAUUCAGACCAACCAGACCCAGAUGCCAUUAAGAUGUUUGUUGGACAGAUUCCCCGUUCAUGGUCGGAAAAAGAGUUAAAAGAACUUUUUGAGCCUUAUGGAGCUGUCUACCAGAUUAAUGUUCUCCGAGACAGAAGUCAGAACCCUCCCCAAAGUAAAGGUUGUUGUUUCGUAACAUUUUAUACAAGAAAAGCUGCUCUUGAGGCACAGAAUGCACUGCACAAUAUUAAAACUUUACCUGGGAUGCAUCAUCCUAUUCAGAUGAAACCUGCAGAUAGUGAAAAGUCAAAUGCUGUGGAAGACAGAAAAUUGUUCAUAGGAAUGGUUUCGAAGAAGUGUAAUGAGAAUGAUAUCAGGGUGAUGUUUUCUCCGUUUGGCCAGAUAGAAGAAUGCCGAAUCCUGCGGGGACCGGACGGGCUGAGCAGAGGCUGUGCGUUUGUCACAUUUUCUACAAGGGCAAUGGCACAGAAUGCAAUCAAAGCCAUGCACCAGUCUCAGACCAUGGAGGGCUGCUCUUCGCCAAUCGUGGUGAAGUUCGCCGAUACCCAAAAGGACAAGGAGCAGCGGCGUUUGCAGCAGCAGUUGGCACAGCAGAUGCAACAGCUCAAUACUGCCACUUGGGGAAACCUCACAGGUCUUGGAGGACUCACACCACAAUAUCUAGCUCUCCUGCAGCAAGCAACUUCCUCCAGUAACUUGGGUGCCUUCAGCGGCAUUCAGCAAAUGGCCGGCAUGAACGCUUUACAAUUACAGAAUCUGGCAACUUUAGCAGCCGCAGCAGCCGCCGCCCAAACCUCAGCUACCACCACCAAUGCAAAUCCUCUCUCCACAACGACCGGUGCUCUGGGAGCCCUCACAAGUCCUGUGGCUGCAUCAACUGCUAAUUCCACAGCUGGUGCGGCCAUGAAUUCUUUGACUUCUCUGGGUACUCUCCAAGGACUGGCUGGAGCCACUGUUGGACUGAAUAAUAUUAAUGCACUAGCAGGUAUGGCGGCCCUGAACGGAGGACUCGGCGCAACAGGCUUGACGAACGGUACGGCCGGCACCAUGGACGCGCUCACCCAGGCCUACUCAGGAAUCCAGCAGUACGCGGCCGCCGCGCUGCCCACCCUGUACAGCCAGAGCUUGUUGCAGCAGCAAAGCGCCGCGGGCAGCCAGAAGGAAGGUCCAGAAGGGGCAAACCUCUUUAUUUACCACCUCCCCCAGGAGUUUGGAGACCAGGACAUUCUGCAGAUGUUCAUGCCUUUUGGAAAUGUUAUCUCUGCUAAAGUCUUCAUUGACAAACAGACCAAUCUGAGCAAGUGCUUUGGUUUUGUUAGCUAUGACAAUCCAGUCUCUGCACAAGCUGCUAUCCAGGCUAUGAACGGCUUUCAGAUUGGCAUGAAACGCUUGAAGGUUCAGCUGAAACGCUCCAAAAAUGACAGCAAACCUUACUGAUCUUAACCCCAGAUGCUUACUGCUCUUAUUUUAGCUUUCUUAGGACAUCUCCAUGCCCGUUAGCCCAUCGUUUGCCUAGCAUGUCCCUGUGGCAUCGUCCCGUCAUUGUUUCUGAUGUCUUUCUGACCUCACAUCAUAUUUGGUUCUCCUACUGACCUUUGAUCUAGUUUGACCUUUGAAAUUUGCAUGUGACCUCAUCUAGCUAUGAAUUCUGGGAAGUCAAUGUGAAAAAACAUUGCUGCAUUCAUGCAAGACUGAAAUUUAUUAUUAGAUAAAUUAACGAUAGGAUUUAAAAACAACCUGUGGCAAAAUGUUCUUUCUUUCUUUCUUUCCUUUUUUCUUUUUUUUCUUCUUUUUUUUUUUUUAUUUGUUGUUUUUUUCUUUGUUUGUUCGUUUGGGUUUUUUUUUUUGUUUGGUUUUGUUUUGGAUUUUAUUUUUUCAUUUCGUAAAAAAAAAAUAAAAAUAAAAAUAAAAAAAAAAACAGACUUGAAAGUAUUAUACAGGGAUUGGCAUUCUGCCUGGUCACUGGUGACAAUAGCAAUAUGUGUCCAGAGGCACAGAAUGUUGGUUUCUAACAGACUACUUCCAAAACAGUUUGAGAAAUAAAACUGUCUGAUUUUAAGUCUCUAGAGGUCUGUAAUAGUUUUUACAUUUUUCAGGCAGUGUAAAGUUUUUUGAUAAGGCCAUUUUAGGUGGCUCACUUUCUCAUUAAAGUAUAUAUAUAGAACCACUUUUUGUAGAUUAGUAUAAGAAAAUAUUUACCCUGUUUUAGGGCAAAUGCUACCUACUUGUGUCACCUUUUGCUGAACUGACUCACAGUUAGACAAUCCAUGGUUUAAUGCACAUGAAAUUACCUAUAUUUUAUACUGUUUCAAUGUACAGAAGAAAGGUUACUGUAAAAUGUGUUACGUUGGUGCUUCUGUGAAUUAAGUUGUGGUUUCAUCAUGAGUCUUAUGGUCUUAAGUGUUCUAUGUUUAUAAAAGACAAGUUUAAAAUUGGUUUACUUGAACAACAAGAACAAAAACAAGAUUCAAAAUAAAAUAAAAAAAAACACAAAAAAAAAGUUGUUUGCUUAAAAAAAAAAAAUUAAUUUCAUGUGAAAAAUGAACAAAUAUUCCAGAAUAAGUUCGUGUUGGCUUGUGACGCAUUGAUGUCAUUUUUUUAUCGUGAACAAUUUAGACGUGUUUGUGUUCAGCAAAAUGUGAUCGGUUUUUCUUUUAAAGAAAAAAAAAUCAGUGAAACUAUAGUGCCAAAUUCCAAAGGUACUUUCUUCCUAGAGCUUCAGUGUGUUUCUUGUGUGAAGUAAUUUGAUAACAUGGGUAUUUUAUUAUGUGUUUUGUAUAAAUCCCUAAUAUUUAAAGAAAAAAGAGGUUAAAAAGUUUGUUAACUUGCUAUCCUGUGGUCUUGUUGCCUGAAAUUGUUAUUGUUUGUUAUUUCUCUUUGAUGUUUUUUGUAAAACAUUGUAUAAGUGCCCAUGUUUCACUUUUUUAACCACUCUGCACACAUCAAUGCUGUGAAAGCAAACCUCACUAUGUAUUUUCUUCAUAUUGUAUGGAAACCUCUAAGGUGAGAAAGUUUUGAACUUUUAACCCUUUCCACCCAGAGCUGUCUUGAGUGUUAAUACCUUUUAUACAUUCACCAUUUUGCUGUUUAUUUUUAUAUAUAUAUCUAUAUCUAUAAAUAUAUAUAUACUUAGUUUUUUGUGGUUUAUUUAAUACAUGGUUGAAAUCAGAACAAUGCACAGGGCAGAUCUGAAGGACAAAAAUAUUUUACUGCUGUCUAAAUUUCUUCUGUGUCUAUUACUAAAAUUAUUUAAAACAGUAAUUAACUUGUGGUUUUCCUUUUUAGAUUUUGGGGAUUUUGUCUUUUCUUAAAGAGCUUUUAAUAUGCUGCUGGAAUAUGCUAUUCAGUAUUAAUAAAAGAAAAGAAAAAGAAAACAAUUCUUUAAUUAUCUAUUAUGUGAGCCACUCCCCGACGGGAGCGGUAAAUCCACCAUUUGAAAUCCUUGAGGAGAAAAAGAAAAAGAAAAUCCUAUUUUUGUAAUUUAAAUAAAUGAACUUUUGCUUAAAUCAGAUGCACUAGAUCUUCCUGGGUGAAAAUUCAGUGUGCACUGCAGUUAAACUACUUUUUAUGGAUAAAGUUUACAUACGCUGUAAUGUUUGGUGUUAUCUGCCAUUAUUUGUGACGGCAAUAUCUUGGCUUACUCCUGCAGACACUCGUAUAGAGAGGAGUAACUUUACUCGUACAAGUAGUCCAUGGCAACACAUUUGUGACUGAUGUGGGUGUUUGCUGGAGGAAGCUCUGUGUAAGGAACCAGAAAAGAGAUGCUGGUAGCCCUUUUCACUGCCUUGUAAGUCCGAUUAGAUCGCAUUUCUACCACACAAGUAGUGACCAACAACCCAAUUUGUUUUUUUGCUACCGAUAUAGAGAAUUCAUUGCCAACCCAAUGUGUGUGAGCAGCAGUACCUGCUACCGAUGAUAAAAGUGCCAUAUUUCUUCCUAUUUCUAUCCGAUUAUAUUUGAAGCCACCUAAAAAUUGAAAACGAAGCCCUAUAUGAACAACAUCAGCUGGUGCACUCUUGUCUCUCAUCCCCAACUUAAAUGCUUCUUUAUGUAGAGCCCUGGGAUGGAAAGGACUAGCCUCUAGUGAUGCAAAAAAGUUUCCUUCUUAUAGCACAUGCACUUAUAAAUAAAUGAUCUAUACUUUUCUCACAUGUUUUUACUACUGCUGGGGCCUUCCUACACCCUUUGAGGGCUAUUUUGUACUACUUGCAGCAAUUUUGCAUAUUCGAAGUAUCAUCUCAUGUACGUUAUAUUAUAUAUAUGUACAUAUAUAUAUAAUAUGAGAUCAUCAUUUGGAUUGCUUAGACUGUUUCACUAAUUUUUCUCAUUGUACACACCGUAUAAAUUUCCAAAGCUUUUUUUAGAUGCCCUAGUGUGUUCUUGCGGGUUUACCAGUCCAGUUAGAGCGGUGAUGCCUUUGGUCCUCAAGCAGCGCGACUUGGCAUCGGGCUGCCCCGAAUUACGUUACACGGGACAUUGGCUUUGCAGUGGGAGAGGAGGAAUGUUUCUGUACUUGCAGGCAACCGAGAUGGGUCAUUGCUGAGAAAAGCGUCCAUCUUUAAAAAAAUUAAUUAAUCAAAUCAAAUACAAAACAAAAAACCCAAACAUACACCUUUCUGGAGACAAAUUACCUACCAGUUCUCUUUCAAAAUAUUGAAAGGAAAAAGCUGCAAGGGUGCAAGGGCCUAAUAAGAGAGGAAGAAAAACAAGGGAAAUUGCUUUACAAAAUUCUAAUCAGAAGACUAGACUAGUUGCUUUUUCAAACAAAUUAGCUAAUUGCAAUGAAAUGGCAGUCCUCAAAGGAGUAACAAGUUCAUCUUUCUUUCACCAUAGGGGUUACAGUUCCUUGGCUUGUGCUACUCUGGAAUCAUUUUACUGUUUCUGUUUUUAUUAUCUUAAGUGCUAAUUAACAAAAGGAAAAAAUAUCCUGUAGUUUCAUUACCUUUUUGGAUAAUGUCAUACAAAAAAAAAAAAAAAAAAAGAAAAAACAAACAAAAAAAAGAACCUAUGUACUUGUGUUUUUUUUGUGCUGUGAGAAUUGUUGUUUGUAGAUUAAUAAUACUAUCAUUUUGUUUAGAAUUACAAACUAGUUUUUAAGUAUUGUCUGAGAAAAGCCAAAGUUAAUGCAAUCUAGUGGAAACUGUAAGACCAUUUGAGUAUUGUUUCUGUUUUAUUGAUGCAUUUGGAUUUUGUUGUUUGAUGGAAUUUGAGCCAAAAAAAAAAAAAGAAAAAAGAAAAAAAGAAAAAAAAAGCAGGCUUUCCUAUUUCUACAACUUGAUUGUACUUAUGCAUUUUGUACCAGUGGAACUUUUUAUACUGGAGAUUAAAAAACAAAUGGAAAUUUUUGUGGCUUACUCUCGUGGGCCCCCUCGAUCACGACUGAUUUUCAAGUUUGAUUUCUGGACGGUAGAAAGAGAGUUGGUUUUGUUUCGAGAACUCAAAACUUUGGCUUGAUUUCUUUUUUUCCCUUUGCUUAUAUCUAGUGUUUAGAAUUUUGUCUUAACAAAAGCGGUAAGUUUCACUUUUUAUUCUGUAUCGUGCAGUUACACAAUAAGGUAAUUAGAAUUAGGAGUACUCGGUCACUUUGCGUGGAUAAAUGUAUUAGUUAAAACGUUAGGGGUUUGCUUUUUUGCUGUUUAGAUCAGAGUUUUUUCUGAUUCUUCUGUCCUCAUUGUGAACAUAACCGUGUAGUUGAAACAGUCAGACUUAUUUUUGUAACGUAUGUUAUUGUGUGAUGCAGUUUUUUGCUUCUGUCUCCAAUAUUAAACCAUUUUCCUAAUA